AUGGACGCGAAGCCCGGCAAGCCAGCCGAGGGUCGGAAGAAGGAUGUCGAGGUCAAGGAAGUCGAGGUCAACGUCACGGUCGCUUCAGCCACCGUCGUCACCGCGCAGCCUUGCGAGCCUGUCCCCGACCCGGACGAGGACGACCUCGACGAUCUGGAUGGCAAGACGCCCGGCCCGGGGCCCAACAAGGUCCCAACCCUAGACGCGGAAAAGGCAUCCAAGGCCACCGAGUCGGCCGAAACGAAAGCAGCAGGCUCCGAUGCCAAGCCCCCAACGACCGGCCCCGAGGCCAAAGCGACGGUCGAGGAUGAGCUUUCGGAGGAGGAGUUUGCGAAGCAGCUCCAGGCCGGCAUGGCUGAUCUGCUCGGCGAGUUGGAGAAAUCGCCCGAGAUGCAGGGGCAGUUUGAGGAAAUGUUCAAGCAGAUGGCCGCCGCCACCAACGUGACGGAUGCCGGCGACGGCGCCGACGGCAGCGGCACCGCCAAGGCACCACCGGCAGAGGCCGCGUCGGAGCCCUCGUUCCAGGAGACGAUCCGGCGCACCAUGGAGCGCAUGCAGAACUCGGGCGAGCAGGCCACGGCCGCGGCCACGUCGGGGGCCGAGGACGACUUCAUGGCCGACAUGCUGAAGCAUCUCUCGUCGGGCGACUUUGGCGGCGAAGGCGGCGAGGAGGACUUUUCCAAGAUGCUCAUGGGCAUGAUGGAACAGCUCACCAACAAGGAUAUUCUGUACGAGCCGAUGAAGGAGCUCGACGACAAGUUUCCCGGCUGGUUCGAGAGGAACAAGGAGACGACGUCGGCCGAGGACAUGAAACGGUACGAGGAGCAGAGGGUCCUCGUCCGAGAAAUCGUCGUCAAGUUCGAGGACGGCGCCUACUCGGACGGCAACUCGGCCGAUCGCGAGUACAUCGUGGAGAGGAUGCAAAAGAUGCAAGCGGCCGGAUCGCCACCGGCCGACUUGGUCGGAGACAUGGCAUCGGCGCAGGAUGCCUUCAACGGGGACGACCAGUGCAAUCCGCAGUAA